AUGAUUUUCUGUAGGCUCUGGUUCCAGUUACCGAGGGCCUCCGUCUAUGGUCCAAUCCAAGGCGCCAUUUUUUCGACUCAUGCCUACCACUCGUCAGCAGAGCGUGAAGGGCAUAUCAGGCUAAAAAUGUACAGCAACUCAACCUGGGGGACCAAUUCUAGGCAUGCAUGGAAGAGCAUUAAUGCUGCAGACUGGUACAUGAGUGCAGCGCGAAACACCUCGUCAAACCAGUUCUGCCUAGUUCACUGUUUGUGUGCAAGAAAUCAUUUUUUCCGCAUCGUUCGGCUGAAAUUAACCUGUUUGCGUCGCUUACGACCAGAACUAAUGGCAGGUAAGCACAACCCAAACGCCGACAUACACCGACUGGCAAGUCGGCUCACUGGGCUCCCCUUCGACGGCAACACAAUCCAGACUCGUCGGAUGUCACUUCCUCCAUCACCGACAGAGACCAUGUUCUGCCUGAUUGUGAAGCCAAAAUUGGAGUGUCAGGAACUAGCCGAUGGCGCAAAAGAAGGAAGCUUAAAGACCGCGAAAUCGCCGGUUUCAGACAACAAAAUGCCAAAUCACAUUGCUUCAUUUUUCGAAAACAUAAAACCGCCAUUCUUGCCCAAGGAAGUCAGAAGGUACUGCCUUUCCGCUCACUUAUGA